AUGCGCUUCAGUCAAGUGCCACGCCCGCUGCUGCAUCUACUUACCACCAUCCUCCUCGCACCGCCAUCGACCUUCGCAUUCCCAGACCCGAUUCCACCGAAAUUGGCCGGUUUCUCUCUCAACGAACUCUUUGGUCGACAAGCUUGUUCCGGCACGACUUGCGGGUAUUAUGGACAACUAUGCUGUGGUUCUGGCCAAGCCUGUUAUACCGAUGCGGCGUCAAUCGUAUCGUGUACAGCUAGCACGCAAGUCACGGCUGCUGGAGGCUACUAUUCCGUCUACACAACGACGUACGUUCAGACAGAUCUGGUGACGGUCACGAGUGUCAUGUCGACAUACAUCGGAGGCGCUGUCGCGACAGGAAUCGCUUGUGGCCAGAACCAGCAGUCUUGUGGAAGUAUAUGCUGUGCAAGCAACCAGUACUGCUUCAGCCCAGAGCAGUCGCAAUGUAAAGAGGCAGCGGUUGGCAGCUCUGGGUCUCCUAGUGGCUACACCGUUGUUGGAGGUGCUGGUGCGACAGCGGUUGCGCCAGUGCGGCCGACUUCUUCGUCUUAUCAGACAAUCACCCAGACUGCCAGUCCGACUACCACUGUCCCGUUCAUCGCGCCCGUUGCAACAGGUGCCAACGUUACAGUCACUGGAUCGGAGCAGAACAACGGAGGCGGAGGACUUUCCGGAGGUGCGAUCGCUGGUAUUGUCAUUGGCGUGCUGGUGGGUCUGCUUCUGCUUGGAUUGCUCUGCUUCUACUGCUGUCUCAAGGGUCUUCUCGACGGCUGCCUUGCAUGUUUCGGACUCGGAGGACGCAAAAGGAGACGAGAGGUCGUGGAAGAAGAGCGAUACUCGCACCAUUCCCACCAUGGUGGCGCUGGUGGCGCUGGUGGUGGACGAACUUGGUAUGGUGCUUCAAGGCCGCCAGCUCGUGUCGAUCGCCGAGACAAGAAAUCUCACGAUGGAAAGAAUCUGCUCGGCAUUGGCGCGGGUCUUGCAGCUCUCUGGGCUGUGCUUGGCCUCAAGCGAAAGAGAGACAAGAGGAGACAUGACGAGAAGUACUCUGAGUACUCUUAUUCGAGCGAUUAUUACACCAGUGCCAGCAGCGCAAGCUCUGACGACAGGAGAACACACGGAACACGAUACUCAAGACGAUGA